AUAAUAAAACAACGCUUUUAACUUAACUUUAGAAAUGCUGCCUGGAAACGCCGGUUCGAUUCCGUUAACUAUAAAUAUCCGUAAGAAGAAUCUUUUCCUUCAUACGGUGUCUCCAAUACGAACUCGAUCUACUAUUGUCUGGCAAGAAUUUGGACCGAUGUAGUGACGGAGGUGGGGGAGCCAUGUUCGUUUCAAGAGCACUUGCAGCGCUAAGAUGAGUCGGCCAGCUGACCAAACCCGAGCUCGGGUUUCACUGCUAUUGGAGGAGCUCGAUGCAGCUCCUGACGAUGGCAUCUAUAAAGGUACCACUCGUCGCCUCGAAACAAAGACGUAUAACUCGAAGGCGGACUAUUCAAAAGAAUCAAUUGAUAUUAUUUGAAUUCGUUAUUGCGUCUAGCAAGAUGUCAAUUGCACUUUGCAGAAGUCAAGCCUGGCUUGGCGCACGUCUAGCCUGCAGGCAAACACCCAUUCUUCAACAAAGACUAUUUUCAUCACAACGUCUGCCCCUAGUCGUCCGUCCCUCGGAAUAUGAAAUAAGAAAUAGCAGGUUAAACGAGAGAAACCUCGAAAUAGCCGUCCGCGGCGUCCACUUGGAUGGUUUAGUGGUAGUCGAAGAUGUGAUACCACACAAAGACUUAGACCACCUAAACACCAAGAUGGUAGAAGAUGCUCGCAUACUUCAAGCCCGCGGCAAAGACGGUCCCUUCAACUACAACUUGGGAAAUCUCCAGCAAGACGCACCUCCUUAUUCUGAGUAUUUCUACCCGUCUAUAUUUACAAAUCUCGUUGCAACUCAAAUCACAUCGGCCGUUUUGGGCCCUCGGCCUAAGUGGACUUUCUGCUCAGGAAACACGGCAAUGCCACCGCUUCCUGGCGGCUCACCACAACGUCAGCCAGUGCACGCAGAUGCCGAUUUCACCCAUCCAGAGCACCCGUUUGCCCUCGUUGUCAAUGUUCCGUUGGUGGAUAUGACGCCACACAACGGUUCGACCGAGGUAUGGCUCGGCUCGCACACAGGUAUGGGCGGCAUUGAAGCUCAAGAAGGUGCACACGGAGAACGAGCUAGUGGCCGCAUUAAACAAGAUCUCUUGGCAAAGCGGGUGGAAACCCACGGCGCGCCAGUUCAGCCGAACAUCAAGAAGGGUAGCAUCAUAGUUCGCGAUCUCAGACUAUGGCACGCGGGAAUGCCGAACAUGAGCGAGGAAGUUCGGGUGAUGCUGGCGCAGAUCCACUUCGCCAGCUGGUACCGGAAUCCCAUGAGGCUUGAAUUCGCAGACGAUGUCAGGCCUAUUCUUGAGGAUCUGGAGGCUCGGGGCGAGCUUGGACUACAGGUACCCGCCGAUUGGGUAUCGAAACAGAAAGUCGCGGAUGGCUAUCUCAACCGGGCUUUUGGUAACGCAUACGAUUUUAACCAAGCCCCUUGAUCUGGUUGAUGCGAGGGCGAGCUAGGAUUGUGGAACCACACACUUCUUAGCUCAUGAAUGAAGCGUGGAAACAAUGACGAUGAGUGUUAGUUACAUUUCUAGUAUGCCUUGAAUUGCAAUUUUCGUUGUACUGUACUCCGCAUAUCUCAUGAUCAGUGUAUGAUAGAGCGAGGAGAGCAUGUUAGUUAGUACCUUGAUCAGCAGGCACAAUAGCCAUCUCGCCUUUAAGUUUGCGCAGCCUCCAUGUACAUGCGCAGCUAACACUCAUAUGGCAUAGACGAUUUCCUUUCAAGGUGACGGUCUGGGUCUGGUCUGGGGUACUUAAUUAAAUCUUACUUAGUGUUCGAGUUUUUAAGGUUAGUAACCUAGCACUGGAUCCGCACUGGAAUAUUGCUGCCUGGGAAGGAGGCGACAUGAGAUUCCAAUAAAUCUCCAAAUGCCUCUCCGCAACCCCACUCCAAGCUUGGAAAUACAUCAUACGUGUACAUCAUAUAGCGCUGAAGCAAGGUACAGGUACAUGCUCCCCGCCACAGUGCCUUGCGCUCACAAGUAUCUGCCUCGCUCCAGCAGACUCCAAUACUGUCCAGGCUGCAGCGAUCGGUACAACAGUGCACCGCCACACCACCUGCAGGUACCAAGCCAAGCGGCCCAGCUGUAGGUAGCGGGGACCUAUGUACGUAGUACCUACAUACACCCAAAGGAAAGUCAAUGCAUUGUAUGAACAGCUACCUA